AUGCAUCUGAAAUGGAUCCCAGAUCUUUCCUUGGCUCAGAAUUUAGAGAGCUUGAUAUCAGAAGGUUGUGUUAGUUUGUCUGAGAUCACUCCCCUUACUCAGAGUCUCAACAAGCUUUCUUUACUGAAUCUAAAAUUCUGUCUGGAGCUAUCCAAUAUCCCAGACCUUUUUAUUGUCUCACGCCUUAAAAAUCCCCCAACUGGAAUCCGCUCAAAAUAUCUCAGAGAAGUUAUUCUAUCUGGCUGUUCAAAUCUCAGGGUGGCUCCUAAUAUCUCAUGUAAUGUAGUGUGGUUAUAUUUAGAUGGCACAGCAAUAAAAGAAUUGCCUCUGAUUGAGUAUCCAUCAAGACUAGUUACAUUGGAUCUUAGUAACUGCUCCAACCCUGAAAGUGUCCCAGAAAGAAUUUGUGAGUUGAAAUGUCUUGAGAGUCUUAAUCUCUCUGGUUGCUGGAAAAUUGAAAGUUUGCCUCGUGAUUUGGGAAAUUUAGAAGCAUUGUUGAAUUUCAAAGUUGAUGAUAAUGCCAUAAGAGAAGAACCACCAUCCAUUGUACGUUUGAACAAACAGCAAGAGUUAUCCUUAAGAAGAUGCAUGGGUGAUGAGGUAAUGGGUUUAGUAUUGCCCCCAUUAUCAGGCUUGAACAUUUUGCCUGAUAGUCUCAGCAGAUUGUCUUCUUUAGAAAGGUUAUAUCUAAGCAAAAACAAUUUUGAGAGCAUACCAGAAAGUAUCAAAGAUCUUUCUAAAUUGUAUAAUCUGAACAUAAGCUGUUGUGAGAGGCUACAACGCUUAUUGGAGCUUCCAAGUGGUCAACAUGUUGUAGCGUACCAUUUCUGUUCUCUUCCAAAUCAAUGA